ACCUUAGCUUAUCCCCGACAAUACCGGUCUCCUAAGCCGUCUUGCAGCCCUCUUCACGACAUGGUCGCCACAGUAUAAUACAGACAUACAUGUCCUGGCCUUUACCUAUUAUUGUUUACAUGUGCAUGUAAAUGUAAUUUAAUAACCGGAACAUUCCUUCUCCAUCUCUUUGCCACCACCACCUCCACCACGGCCACCACGGCCACCACACGUUUUGACCGCCGUGCCUACCCGUACCUUUUUUAUUAUAGUAGCCUCGCUAUCAAUGACUCGGAGCACCUACCACUAGCCUUAUAACUGGGCCACAGCCCAUUCGGUUCCUCUUACUUCUGGCCAUAUACAAAGGCAUGGCAGAGAUACCCAACUCCGAUACUCCAAGCGCAUACGCCUCUUCUUCUAUCCCCCAAUCUCCAACCCACAACCCAUACGACGGCCUCUUGUCCGAUGGUGAUUCUUCACGAGACGGUUCCGAAGAGCACGAGGACAGCGAUUUGGAUCUGAGCAUCGACUUAAACGACCUAGACGACGACGAUCAACCUGAUUCCGCCGAACAAUCGCCAGGGGAAGAGGACGACGAAGACGAAGACGAAGACUUUUUUGACCACGACCUCGACUUUGACGAUGACCUUGAUAUGAGGGACGUUGACGUCGACUUGGACUUUGGAGGAUUUGGGUUUCCCGACGACUACGAAGACGACGACGACGACGAAAGGCUGUUUGUAGACGACUAUCUCGACUUCCCCGACGAGUUUCACGACGACGACCAGUUCAACGUCCUACAGCAGGCAUUUAUACACCAGCUUGAACAUCAGCUCGCGCAUGAACCUUGGGGCGCUAUCAUGGACCACCAUCCUCACCCCGCUCAGCCUGCGCGGCCCGGACCCCAGAGAGACCAACUGGUACAGGUCGAGGUAGGGGGCCAGGCGAAUGCCGCUGGCGCAGCCGGAGGUUCGCGAAGACAGCAGAGGCAGCCGCCCCCCGACAUUAUAGAUCUCACCGGUGACGACUCCCCAGAGAUGCAACAACCUCGACCUCCGCGCGUCGCGCAACCAAGACAGUCAGAGAAUCAAAGGAGGCUACGCUCGCAGCCACAGAACGCCCCUCCACGACUAAAUCGAAGUGACGGAAGCUACGUCGAUGACCAACAACAUGUCAUUGUCCUAUCGGACUCGGAUGACGAAGACCAGCCUAUGCGCGCCUCGCCUAGGAGGAAUCCACACCGCCACGCCCACCACCACAAUCAUCCCGAAAACAACAUAGCCGCCCGGAAUGUUAGAAACGCCAGGUUCGGCGACAACCUUCGAGAACUACCAAGGCCUGUGCAAGCACACCCUCUCAACAAUGCCAACGGCAACAAUAAUAAUAACCACCUGAAUCCGAAUAAUACCUUUGGCCGCCUGCGUCCUUUCUCGCAACUUAUUCAGAAUAGCCCGCUUUUCCAUCUUUUCGGUGUCAAUUCCGCCUUGAAUAAUCACAACCAUCAUCACCAUAACUACCACAAUCACAAUCAUAACCCGGACGACGACAUUGUCAUUACUGGUGAGCGUAAUGUCGGCAAUUUCGGCCCUUUCGCCGGUCCACGCCAUCUCCUAGGCAUCGAGCCCAUACACCUCGACUACGGCGCCCACCCUUUCCCCGCCAUACAACCUCCUCCCAUACCACCUGUUGCUCCUCCCAAGCCCGCACACGAACCCCCUAAACCCGCUAGACCUGGCUUCACCCGCGAUACGGGCGAGGACGUGGUCGCUAUCUGCCCUAGCUGUGAACAGGAGCUGGCGUAUGAUCCCGUAGAUGACGAUAACAAUCCUUCCGGUGCAGCGCCGAAGAAAUCAAGUCGUUCCAAAAAAGCUAUGGCCGAACAUCACUUCUGGGCUGUCAAGGCCUGUGGUCAUGUCUACUGUAAACGAUGUUUCGACAAUCGUCGAGCUACUGCCAAGAGCAACGUCCAAGUAGCGUUCCGCGCAGGCGACGAGAAGAAGAUCUUGUGCGCCGUCGAGGAUUGCGACUCGGAAGUUAGUGGGAAAGCUGCUUGGGUGGGCAUCUUUAUGUGAUUGUGAUGAUGGGUGCGGUGCGGUGCAAGAAGGACCCUACCUACCUAUCUACCUACCUACCUACCUACCUACCUACCUACUUAGGCGAUCGAUCGAAUUACCCGGCAAGGCAACGAAGUGCGGAUGAUUAUCGUUGUUGUUGUUGGGACUGUUUAGGGGAUUGCGAGGAAGGAUUGUUUUUACGAAAAUACCUCCGUAAAUCAUGAAUACCCGGUAUUGAUUGAUUGGUUUUUUCUCCCUUCUCGGCUUGAGUUUGUCCAUUG